AUGGCAGGAUUAAGUGCAGGGUAUGACUUAUCAGUCUCGACAUUUUCACCAGAUGGUAGACUAUAUCAAGUUGAAUAUAUUUAUAAAGCAAUAAAUAAUAACAACACUUCUAUAAGUUUAGAAUGUAAAGAUGGUGUUAUUAGCUGUUCUAUAAAUACAACAUUGGAAAAAAAUAAAAUGAUCAAAAAAAAUAGCUAUAACAGAAUAUAUUAUGUUAAUAAUAAUAUUAUAAUAACAUAUGCUGGUUUAGAUGGUGAUGCAAGAAAUAUAAUUGAUAGAAUAAAAAGUGAAGCUAACAGUUAUUUUUUAAAUUUCCAUACAAAUAUACCAUUACACAUUUUAGCAAAUAGAAUAUCUUUAUAUAUACAUGCCUAUACAUUAUAUUGGCAUUUAAGACCAUUUGCUUCCUCAAUAAUUAUAUCCUCUUAUGAUAAAAAUGAAAAGGGCGAAAUAUAUUGCAUCGAGCCAAGUGGUGCAUGCUACAAAUAUUACGGAGUAGUAAUCGGAAAAAACAAAGAAUUAUUUAAAACAGAAAUUGAAAAGAAAGAUUACAAACAUCUAAGUGUUAGAGAAGCCCUAGUAGACAUAUAUAAAUUUAUUUUAAGUAGCGAUGAUCAUUUAAAUAAAGACAAUAUUUCCCACCUAGUAAAUUUUUCAUGGAUAUGUGAAGAAUCAUCAUUUGAAUCACAAACUAUUGAUCAGGAAAUUUUAGAUAAUGCCUUAAAUCUUGCUGUAGAAUCAGUUAAUUAA